UUGUCUGGCGAACGUGGAGGCCCAGGGGCUUUCGCGGGGUCGCUGCGGUGGCCCGAGCGGGCCAGCCCCUGCUGGCGUCCCCCGGGGUGACAGGCGACGGAUCCGAGCGCAUGGAGAGUCCGGACCGCGUGCGCCGGGUUGUGCCUUCGGUGCAGGCGCCGAGCCGGGAAGGCUGGGGAGUCGGAGGGGUGUUUUCAAUUCAUUCGAGAAAAGCUCGCUUUGAAACCGGGAAACUUUUCCUUGGAGUUCCGGGAAGGGGGAUCGACUGUUGUGAUGGUUUCACUGGUCUUGCUGGUCUAGCCACGCUGUUUUGUUUCUUGGGGACUGCUUUCCGCCGUGAGUAUUGUCAGAGGGGCAGAGGCCGUCCGGGCUGCUCCGAGGUGACGAUUUGGGGGUUCAGAGAAACCACCUCUAGGCAGCAGCGGAUCUCCAAAGGAAGGUGAUGCCCUUUUGCCGAACCUUGGGAGCUGAUCUGGAACCCACCUCUGCCUCCUACAAGACCCCAUCAGAGCGCUGGGCCCAAGAUGAACUCGCAUCCUAUCGGCUCACAGUGCUCCAGACCCUUCGACUGAACCCCGAGAGCCCAAAAAUGUCUGCGUGCAGCGACUUUGUGGAGCACAUCUGGAAACCCGGGUCUUGCAAGAACUGCUUCUGCUUACGGAGCGACCACCAGCUGACGGCCGGCCAUCCCAAGGCUAGAGCAAGCAGCCUACCCACCGUAAGUCGCCUGCCUGCCAGGCCCGAGAACUGCCGCCUGGAAGAUGAAGGUGUGAAUGGCUUGGCCUACACAAAACCCACUAUUGCUGUAAAGCCCACCAUGAUGAGUUCUGAGGCCUCCGACUUGUGGACCGAGGCCAGCCUGAGUGCUGAAGUCCCCAAGGUCAACUGGAGAAGAGCCGCCGGCAAGCUCCCGCUCCAGAAGCAGGAAGAUGGGCCGAUCGUUUACCUAGGCAGCUUCCGAGGAAUGCAGAAGCCUCCGGGCUCCCUUGCCUGCGCAGAUGGCAGCUCUUGCUGUCCCCCAGCCUACACCAUGGUUGGACUUCACAACCUAGAGGCCCGAGUGGAGAGGAACACUGCCUUUCAACCAGUGAGCUUCCAGGAAGAGAAGCCUGGGAGGGAAGAGCUUCCCUCGGCUCAGGAGAGCUUCCGCCAGAAGCUAGCUGCCUUUGCGGGGAUGACGUCCAGCUGUCCCAAGGGCCCCAGGCCCUGCCCUUCUCCACAGCCCCUGCGGGAGUCCCUGCCCUCAGAGGAUGACAGUGACCAAAGAUGCUCACCCUCCGGAGACAGCGAAGGUGGAGAGUACUGCUCCAUUCUGGACUGUUGUCCAGAAUCCAAGGAUGCUGUGCACAGCACCGAGGGCUCUGGCAGACGGGGCGGGGACUGCUCACCCAUGUGCUGGGAGAAAGGGACAGGUACAAGACCAACGGACGAGGAAAAGCGGGUUCUGAACUUCCCCAGAGAGUGUUGUGUCCAGGGAUCCACAGCAAACCCAUCUUGUCUGGGCCCCAAGAAGCCAUCCCUCAACUCAGAGGCGGCCAGCUCUUCCGACGGCCUGUCCUGUGGCAGCAGCCGCAGCGGGGCCAGCAGCCCCUUCGCGCCCCACCUUGACAACGACUACUGCUCUCUGGUGAAGGAACCUGCCCUGGGGAAGCAGCAGGACUCCGGCUGCCAUGUCAUCACCUCUGGCAAAUGUGGGGGCCAAGCUGGGGAGCUCCAGCCCCCAGCCCUUCCUAGGGAGGCUGGGCCGCCUGAACCCAUCUACGCGGAAAGUACCAAGAGGAAGAAGGCUGGGCCGGUGCCCUCGAGGCCCGAGACCAAGGCAGAGCCGGUAGCCGCUGGCCACAGCCAGGGCCCAGUGUGGACAGGUGAUACCUGGGCUCAGAAGACAUCCUCUGGCUGGAGCCAGGACAGGGAAGGCACAAAUAUGGCACCUCAGGUGGCAACCACCAUUACCGUCAUUGCUGCCCAUCCAGAAGAGGACCACAGGACUAUCUAUCUGAGCAGUCCUGACUCCGCGGUGGGGGUGCAGUGGCCACGCGGGCCUGUGAACCAGGACAUACAGGCUGGCGAAGAGGAACCCUCGGCUGUGAAGGGGCUAAGCUCACGGGAGAGCCAUCCCCAUAAUGCGACUGAAAACAUGCCCAAGGAGAAGCCCGCCAUUCCUCCUAAGCUGUCUAAAAGCAGCCCAGGAGGGUCCCCAGCAUCACCGGCAGCCUCCCCUCUGGCUGACCACAGUGAUGGGAACACUGGUGGCAGCAGCGUUGGACCCCAGCUUUUGUCUAGAGUUCCUGCUAAUCGGACUUCUUCCUGCCCGACCAAUGGCGUCGCCACUGGGGACCCUGCCAAGUGUCCCCCACCAGCCACCUCCUCUUCAGCCCUGGACCAGAGACGUCCAAGAUACCAGACUGGCGCUUGGAGCCGCCAGUGUCGCAUAGAGGAAGAGAAGGAGGUCGGGCAGGAGUUGUUGAGUCAAAGUUGGGGGAGAGAAGUGGAAAAUGGUACCACAGACCAUUCAAACUCCUCUACCUGGCACCGGCUCCAUCCUACUGACGGCUCCUCCUCCUCCGGGCAGAGCGGCAAGGCUAGCACUGGGAUGAGCAAAUCGGCUUCCUUUGCCUUUGAGUUCCCCAAGGACAGAGGCAGGAUGGAGGCGUUCUCACCCCCUCCCCCACCUCCGAAGUCAAGGCACCUGUUAAAAAUGAACAAGAGCAGCUCUGACUUGGAAAAAGUGAGCCAGAGUUCCGCAGAAAGCCUCAGCCCGUCCUUCAGAGGGGCCCACGUCAGCUUCACCACGGGCUCCACGGACAGCCUCGCCUCAGACUCCCGGACCUGCAGCGAUGGAGGUCCAUCGUAUGAACCUGCCCACUCACCCACCAUCAGCGGGAAAAAACUCUUUGCUCCUAUCCCUUUUCCGUCAGGCUCCACCGAGGAUGUGUCCCCCAGUGGUCCUGUGCAGCCUCCUCCUCUGCCCCAGAAGAAGAUAGUGAGCCGAGCAGCCUCGUCCCCCGAUGGCUUCUUCUGGACCCAAGGCUCCCCUAAGCCACGGACCGCCAGUCCCAAGCUGAACCUAAGCCACUCAGAAACCAAUGUGUGUGUCCACGAUGAGCCUCCUUUUAGCUAUCCCUUAAACUCCGGAGACCAUUCCCAUCCUGUCUUCUCCUCUUCCGAGCCUCUGGAGAAAGCUUUCAAAGGCAGUGCCCCCUGGGGUCCAGCUCUGGGGCUGGCGGGCAGCAAAGCUGGCUGUGGGAGCCCCAGUCUCCCGUGCAGAGCGGCCACGUCCACCUCGUCUUCCCAGCUCAGCGUGUCCAGCCAGACCUCCUCCAGCAGCACCCAGCUUCAGCUGCACAGCCUGUUGAGUAGCAUCAGCAGCAAGGAGGGCACCUAUGCCAAGCUGGGGGGCCUCUACACGCAGUCCCUGGCCCGCCUGGUGACCAAGUGCGAAGACCUCUUCAUGGGCGGCCAGAAAAAAGAACUGCGCUUCAAUGAGAAUAACUGGUCACUCUUCAAGUUGACGUGCAACAAGCCUUGUUGCGACUCCGGGGAUGCAAUUUACUACUGUGCCACCUGCUCCGAGGACCCUGGCAGCACCUAUGCUGUGAAGAUCUGCAAAACCCCGGAACCCAAAUCAGCCUCUUACUGCAGCCCAUCUGUGCCCGUGCACUUCAACAUCCAGCAAGACUGCGGCCACUUCGUGGCCUCUGUACCCUCCAGCAUGCUCGCUUCCCCGGACACAUCCAGCAAGGACCCUGCGCCUGCCGCCCCCUCACAUUCCCCUGCCCAGGAGCAGGACUGCGUGGUGGUCAUCACCCGGGAGGUGCCUCACCAGACGGCCUCGGACUUCGUGCGGGACUCUACAGCCAGCCACCGGGCCGAGCCUGAAGUUUACGAGCGGCGGGUGUGCUUCCUGCUACUGCAGCUCUGCAAUGGGCUGGAGCACCUGAAGGAGCACGGGAUCAUCCACCGGGACCUGUGUCUGGAGAACCUGCUGCUAGCGCAUUGUAACCCUCAGGGCUCCACUGGGCCCUCUGCCACUCCCACCGUGCCCACCACCACCACCACCACCACCACAUCCCGGUGCCCCUCUGCCAUGCCCACAGCCACCGCUGCCUGCCGGGGAGGGCCUGGUGAGAAGCACCUGCCCCGGCUCAUCAUCAGCAACUUCCUGAAGGCCAAGCAGAAGCCAGGCGGCACCACCAACCUGCAACAGAAGAAGAGCCAGGCCCGGCUGGCCCCGGAGAUUGUGUCUGCCUCCCAGUACCGCAAAUUUGAUGAGUUCCAGACGGGCAUCCUCAUCUAUGAGCUGCUCCACCAGCCCAACCCAUUCGAGGUGCGGGCCCAGCUCCGGGAGCGGGAUUACCGGCGGGAGGACUUACCCCCACUACCCACCCUGUCCCUCUACUCUCCGGGCCUGCAGCAGCUGGCUCACCUGCUGCUCGAGGCGGACCCCAUUAAGCGCAUCCGCAUAGGUGAGGCUAAGCGGGUGCUACAGUGCUUGUUGUGGGGGCCCCGGCGGGAGCUGGUGGAGCAGCCGUGCACCUCGGAGGAGGUGUUGUGUAGCACCCUGCACAACUGGAUCGACAUGAAGCGAGCCCUGAUGAUGAUGAAGUUUGCGGAGAAGGCUGUGGACCGAAGGCGGGGUGUGGAGCUGGAAGACUGGUUGUGUUGCCAGUACCUGGCCUCGGCAGAGCCCGGGGCCCUCUUACAGUCCCUGAAGCUCCUGCAACUUCUCUGAACCACCAGCCAGGCAUUUCCACCUCCGCCUUCCACACCCGCCCCGGGGCCCUUGCCUUGCCUGCAUCCGGGUUACCCUGGGAAAUGGUACAAAUGACUGCCGUCCUUGGAUGUAAUAUUUUAUACAUAUAUAUACAUAUAUAAUAUAAAUAUGAAAGACCGAGGGUGUCAUUUCACACACGCCAGCCCCCUCUCCUCACAGAGCCCCCACACCACCACCACCACCACCACCACCACCACCACCACCACCACCACCACCACCUCUGUAAUUAUGUACAGUUCCAGCUUUAUGCCAGGUCCUGAGGACAGUUCCACCGACAGAACCAAGCUUAGACUCCGACCUCACUACCCCAUUAUGGAGUCUCCUCACCCUUUUGUCAAAUUGUUAUUUAAAAAACAACCUCCACAAUAAAUAAAAAGUAAAAAAAA